AUGGACUCCAAACUCAGAAAGCUCAUCGAGGCGACAUACCCAGAGAGUGUAACAUCAGACGAGGCCGUCGUGAAUGAAUGCGUGUCGAUAUGCAGCACCUACAACCUCGAUCCCAGCGAUCUCCAGUAUAAACUGGAGGCAAUGAACUACAAGGCCACCAAUACACGCACCGAAAUCCUUCCUAUUACUCUGGAAACACUCCGAACAUUCAGGACACAACUUCAACGGGGUUUAGCAAACGAGAGUAUGAAGAGAGCACAACUCAAGGCGCGACCCGGGGCGACUGCGAGUGUGGAUAGGUCAAGGUUGCCAUCGCAGUUGAUGAACCAGGCGAGGGCUAUGGAUAUCGACCGACCAGGCCCUUCAAGCGCGUCAUCGAGCUCCUCGCCCAUGCAGGUGAAGAAGGAAGCAGCGGGAAUAACGCUCUCGCUUGGUCCUACCCAUGUCCUGUUUGAGGGUGCGAAGAUGGACUCGGAGUCCAGGAAGGCGCGAGCGUAUCGUUACAUGUAUGAGAAGAUAUCUGAGCGCAGCGAAGUCUUAGACCAGAUAAUCGACGACUUUGCAGAGCUCAUCCGCGACCACUAUGACAUCUCAGAAUUAGCGGAUCCGUCCUCAACUACAGAAGAAGAGGUGACUGUCGUUGGACGCAUUGCACAGGACCCGGAUGUCAUGGCGCGAUCUAAGCUGACAGAGUCCUCCAUGGUGAUCGAAUCUUCAAGGAUGCUAUCGUCUGGCGCUCGAGUUCCCCUCCGUCUUGACCCCGCUAUCCAAGUCAAAGGAGCUGUCCAAGGGUCUCGCGGCUAUGGCCUCUUUCCCGGUCAAAUUGUCGCGCUCCAGGGAAAGAACGGAGGAGGUGGAUACUUCUACGCGACUACCAUUCUAGCUAUCCCACCUCUAAAACCCUCUCCGACGAGUGAUGGACUCAUAGACCCCAAAGCCGACCCCGAGCUAGGGACCAAAACUUCGACAGUUUGCAUUGCAUGUGGACCGUACACCUCUGACACCGACCUGCUAUACAAACCAUGGCGGGUAUUCCUUGACGACAUCACACCCAAGAAGCCGAACGUUCUGAUUCUGCUUGGCCCCUUCAUUGAUGCAGCUCAUCCAAGGAUCAAGAACGGGGAAUCAGAAACAUCACCACAAAGUAUCUUCCAAGCUCGGUUCAUAAACUCAAUCAGGAAGUUCCUCAACGCCUCUCCUUCGAGUAUCGUCAUCUUCAUACCUAGCAUUCGGGAUAUGAUUAGCGAUCAUUGCUCGUUCCCUCAGCCCGAAUUCGAGCGUACGUUUGACGGUAUUGCCGGGGAUUCACGAAUCAUUUUCCAACCUAACCCAUGCCGGUUCAAGAUCAACGAUAUCUCGUUUGGAGCGACCAGCGUCGAUGUCCUGUUCCAUCUGCGAAAGGAGGAGUACCUUAAAGUGGGAUCACAGCUCCAGCCUAUACCCGCACGAGAGGGUGAUCUCGCUUCCGAUCCCAUGUCGAAUUUGUGCAGACAUUUGCUUGAUCAACGGAGCUUCUACCCUAUUUUCCCAGUACCAGAGGAACUGUCCCAUGAGAUCAAUCUCGACGUCUCCCACCUGGACGGUGCUCGUAUAAUUGACGACGGAGAGAUCGACUAUGCUCCUGAUGUUUUGAUUGUCCCGAGUAGGCUGAGGAAGUUUGACAAGGUUGUGAGCACAACACUCGCUAUCAACCCGUCUUCAGUUUCCAAAGGAUCGUAUGUAUUGCUGAACAUCGGCAGCAAGAGCGGGCCUACGAACUUGCGGGAACGACUAAAAGCUGAACUUCAAUCGAUCGAGAUCCCUGCUGCUGCACCAGUCAAAACGGAGCCGAGUGCUUGA